AUUAUUUCCAACCAACCUACUUCACCAUUCACCUGCAUAAAGACAAGAAUAUACUAUCUGUUAAAAGUAGUACCACAUACCUAUUGGAGUGGUUCUUUCAACUACGAACGAGUACCAGAAUGCAAAAGGAAAAUCUCUUAGUUAUCAGUGGCUUUAAGUAAAGUGAAAAUAUUGAAUGUUAUAAAUGGAUGAAAUUAAAUUGAACGGAAAUAAUGACAAGAUUCCUCGAGCGUCGACAGACGUCGAAACCGGUACCACCACCAAAGGUAAAAGUACCUCGAACGAAUCGCGGUCAGUUCGCGUUUGGUUCCGUCGUUUGUUCGUCAUGGUGACGGUACUCGCGAUAAUAGGCGGUUUCGGUGCCGUUUUGUGGUACUUUUUCGGAUGGCAGUUUUUGGUCCAGUUGGCCAUUGUGGCACUGGUGGCUUAUUUGGCCGUCGGGCACUGGAAGUGGUUCUAUGUGGCCGCUGUGACUGCCCCUAGGGAUUUGCGUGCCCUAUACAAAUACAUAAGGCUUCUGAUAGAAGUGAAAAGUUUACACCGAAAAAAUGUACCGCUGUACAAAAUGUUCCUGGAAAAUAUCAAAAAGCACCCUCACAAGCCCGCCAUCAUUUUCGAGGGCCAAGAAAUGACUUUCAUACAGAUCGAAGAGUACAGCAACAAAAUAGCCAACAUUUUCAAGAGCCAUGGCUACAAAAAGGGCGACAGGGUGGCCUUGUUUUUGGAAAACAGGCCGGAGUACGUGUGCAUUUGGCUCGGACUUUCAAAGUUGGGAGUCAUCGUGCCUUUAAUUAACACAAAUUUGAGACAGAACUCUUUGACCCACUCGAUCGGAGUAGCCAAAAGUCAAGCGGUGAUUUUCGGAGCAGAAUUGGCCGACGCUGUUAUUGAAAUCCUACCAAAAAUCGAAUCCAAAGUGGCUCUCUACCAAAUAAAUUGCAACAACAACGCCAAUUCACAAGAUGAAAGAUUCCAGAAUUUGGAUUCACUUUUAAAAGACGCUUCAAUUAAAUUACCAGAAGUUCCAGAAAAAUUAGGCCACCAUGACCAUUUGGUUUACAUUUACACUUCUGGUACCACCGGAUUACCUAAAGCAGCUGUAAUAAGUACAUCCAGAUAUUUCUUCAUAGUAGGCGCGAUGCAUUGGUUGUGCGGUUUUAAAUCGACCGACAGAUUUUAUUGUCCUUUGCCACUUUACCACACUGCCGGAGGUUGUAUGAGUAUGGGGCAAAUGUUGUGUUACGGCUCUAGUAUCGUAAUCAGAAAGAAAUUUUCGGCUUCGUCUUAUUUCAGCGAGUGCAGAAAGUAUAAUUGUACGACUGCUCAAUACAUUGGAGAAAUGUGCCGGUACAUUCUAGCAGUACCUCCCAAACCAACAGACAAGGAGCAUAACAUCAGAAUGAUUUUCGGAAAUGGUCUAAGGCCUCAAAUUUGGAAAGAAUUUGUUGACAGAUUUAAUAUUAAAAGCGUCAAAGAGUUUUACGGUGCUACUGAAGGAAAUGCAAAUAUUGUAAACACCGACAACACUGUAGGAUCAAUAGGCUUCAUUUCGCGCAUUAUUCCACAAAUAUACCCAAUAUCCAUAAUAAAAGUCGACGAACAAGGUGAACCGCUCCGAGAUGCGCGUGGGUUGUGUCGCACCUGCGAACCCAAUGAACCCGGCGUUUUUAUCGGAAAAAUUGUGCCCAACAAUCCAUCGAGGGCCUUUUUAGGUUACGUCGAUACCGAGGCAUCGAAAAAGAAAAUCGUCCGCAAUGUUUUUAGUCAGGGAGAUAGCGCUUUUAUUUCGGGCGAUAUUUUGAUCGCCGAUGAGUUUGGAAAUUUGUUUUUCAAAGACCGGACGGGCGAUACUUUCAGGUGGAAAGGGGAAAAUGUAUCGACGUCAGAGAUUGAAGGCGUCUUGAGCAACAUUGUAGACUACAAAGAUGUGGUCGUUUAUGGCGUAGAAAUCCGAAACAUGGAAGGCAGAGCCGGAAUGGCAGCUCUCUACGAUCCCCAAAGGGAAGUCAGUCUGGAUAAACUCUACAAAGGCCUUUGUGAGGCUUUGCCAGUCUAUGCCAGGCCGAUUUUCAUACGGAUAUUGACCAAAUUGGAUUUGACUGGUACUUACAAAAUGAAGAAAAACGAUCUUCAAAAUCAAGGUUUUGAUCCUUCAAGGACUAGUGACAGUAUUUAUUAUUUGACAGCGAAAGGACAAUACGAACCAGUGACUCAAGAGAUUUACGAAAAAAUAAAUUCAGGAGAAAUUCGAAUUUAAGUUGGUAUUUCAAAAGGCAGACUGAUGAUUGAUUACCUUUUGACUAUAAUAAGAAUCUGAGGGAUAUUGUUGUAUUUACACCUAGUUUGGACUUAAUUUAUACAACUUGUUUUUAGUAGCUAUAUUUCUCUAGGCCUUUUGUUAAAGGAUUAAGUUAAAUGUAAAGAAUACUUGGAAUAAUUUUUGAAACAUAGCGUAUUGCCCGUAUUACAUCUAUGUAUUUUUCCGUGUAUUUAUUCAUGUAGUUCAGGGUGACAACCGAAAAACUUCAAACUCAACAUAAAUCAGCAUUAUGAAAAACAAAAUAAUGUUGGCACCCUGAACUACAUGAAUAAAUACACGGAAAAAUACACAGAUGUAAUACAGGCAUUAAAGAUCUAAAACAAAGAAAAAAUUCAAGGCUGUGCAGAAUUUGAAAUUUAUUUCCUGUUUUUAUUGUUUCACUAUUUAUAAGUAAGUAUAAUAUAAUAUACAUUGUGAGUUUUAAAAAAUUGCAUACAUUUUGGAAUGAUCACUUUAUUAAAUCACCUUGUUUUUCCAUAAAUUACACAUCUAUCUACAUUUUGUCCCAUAACUUUGUUAAUUUUAAUUAGAUUUUAACGUUUAACGCAAUUAGACUCAAAUUAAAGCCAAAUAAAUUCUCUACA